AUGGCGAUUUGGGUACGAAGUCGAUUGUACCUGGAGGCUGUGGAGGCUGUCAGGGUGACAGUAGAGACAGUGGUGGUGUUCGAGCCUAUCAACCCAGCUGAGGUGAUUGUAGAGGCGUUGACCACGGGUCACGUCUCUGCAUCGCUACCUACCAGGGCCAGGGUGAGAACAACAGCCACCCACCCUUCUGAGGACCCAUGCAGUGUGCAGGGCAACACUGCGCAGAGGAGAGAGAACGGACAGGUCCUGGGAGCCGAGAACGCACCGGCUGCCGAGGGCUCGGCGGACCGCCGCAACACUGCAGGGCGACGAUCCGCCAAUGAAGUGAGCGGUGGCAUGCAAAGCGCAGACACCGAGGCACGACUGCAUGGGGGACAGCAAUCGACCGUCGCGGUAGUUACGAUCAACACGGUCAUCAACAGCAAUAUAGUCGAUGAGCACGGCAAAAAAAAUCAUUCUGCCAGCACUGCAACCGACCAAACCGAAGCUGGCCAAGAUGAUGAUAACGCACACCGAACGGACUCGGCUGUACACCAGCUAUCGGAGCAAGGCCAUGGCAGAGUCGGGGAUGGCAUCGUCAAGGAGAUGUCAGGCCUCGGACAGUCAGAGUAG